UAUAAAUGUAGUAGGAGUUCAAGUUGCCAUAAAAGAUUAUAUAACUCUAUGCUAAAUAUUAGAAUAAAUCACAAAAAGUCAAGAAAUUCCAACUUCAAGAGCAUACCUUCAUGUUGGAAGACAAUUACUCACCAGUUGAAAUUAGUAUUGAUUAUCUCAUAUUGUAUAGUCGGAAGUGGUGCUUAUGGAUGCGUUAUUUAGGCAGACGAUAAAAAUGCCAAGGUUGAGAAGGACAGAUAAGUUGCUAUAAAGAAAAUUGAAAGAGCAUUCGAACAUAGAUUGUAUGCGAAAAGAACACUUAGGGAAUUAAAGAUUCUUAGACUAAUGAAACACGAGAAUGUAUUAUCAUGAAAGUGACAUAGAUUGUGGAAUUAAAAACCUUGCUUCUUCCAAAAUCAAGAGAAGAAUUUGAAGAUGUUUAUAUGGUCACUGAAUUAUUAGAAACAGAUCUAGCUUAAGUGAUCAAGAGCGAUCAGGUUUUGACCGACGAACACAUCUAAUUAUUCCUGUAUUAAAUUUUAAGAGGAUUGAAAUAUCUACAUACUGCAGGAAUAUUGCAUAGAGAUUUAGUAUCUAUUUGUUGUUAAAUCAAAUUAGAAACCUAGAAAUUUAUUAUUAAAUAGAAAUUGCGAUUUGAAAAUCUGUGAUUUCGGAUUAGGCAGAGCCAUGGCUGACCCUUCCUCUUCAAACAACGCCAACAUCAUGACUUAUUAUGUGGAAACAAGAUGGUAUCGAGCUCCAGAGUUGCUUGUGAGUUUCAAGAAUUACACUCCUGCAGUCGACAUGUGGUCAGUCGGAUGUAUUUUGGCUGAAUUGCUAUUGAGGAAACCCUUCUUAAGAGGAGAUUCCAGUAAUUUUUCAUUUUAAAUUAACUCAGCUAAAAGACAAGUCAAAUUAAUAUUUGAAUUGUUGGGAACACCAAAUGAAGCAUACAUCCAAUCCUUCUAAGAUGAAAAGGUUUAGAACAAUCUGAGGAAGGUAAUCAAAGAAACUGGACCAAAAUAAGGAAUACCUUUAGAGCAAUUGUUUAAAAAUGCCUCUAAAAAUGGUAAUUAAGCAUUCUCAUUGUUUAAGCUUUGGAUUUAUUAAGGAAACUGUUGACAUUCGAUUAUAGAUAAAGAAUCACUGUACAACAGGCCUUAGAACAUCCUUACUUGGCUUAAUUGCACUUUGAAGCUGAUGAACCUAGUGCUUAGCUAGUUAAUCAAUUAGAAUUCGAGUUUGAAAAGUAUGAAAUGACCAGGGAAUAAAUUAAAGGUACACUAGAAAUUGAUUUAGAUCUUCUUUAUGAGGAAAUACUUUUGUAUCAUUUCCCUGAAUUCUAAACAUCAUAUGAGGCUAAGAAGAAGUCUGGACAGAGUUUGAUAUCUCAUGUAGUCAAUAAUGAAAACGCAAAAAUUGUAUAUAAAUUAUUUAAUUAAAGUUUGAUCCCACUGCUGAUGACGAUUUAGAUAGGGAUUGA